CUGUUGCCUACCUGCGCUCCGUCCUGCCCAGCACCACAGAGGACGCCUUCUUUGAUUAUCUGGCCACCCUGGACACCUCAGAGGUGACAGUGUCUGCUGUGCCGGAGGGCUCCGUCGUCUUUGCCAGGGUCCCAUUCCUGCAGGUGAAGGGGCCGCUGCUGGUGGUGCAGCUGCUGGAGACCAUGUUGCUGUGCCUGGUCAACUACGCCAGCCUGGUGGCCACGAACGCCACCCGCUUCCGGCUCCUUGCCGGCCCGAACGUGAAGCUGAUGGAGAUGGGACUACGUCGUGCUCAGGGGCCGGACGGUGCCCUUUCGGCCUCCAAGUACUCCUACAUCGGGGGCUUCGACUGCACCAGCAACAUCCUGGCGGGGAAGCUCUACGGCAUCCCAGUGCGCGGCACCAUCGCCCACUCCUUCAUCAUGUCCUUCACCUCGCUGGAGGAGGUGCAGCCCCGGGUGAGCCUGCUGCCGCUGGCAGUAGGAAAACCGGUGGAUCUCCCGGCCCUGGCUGAGUCAUGGCUGCGACGGGUGUGCGAGUUGCUGCAGACUCCCCCUGAGAAGGCGAACCGGGGUGAGCUGGGCGCCUUUGUGUCCUACGCCAUCACCUUCCCGUGUGACUUCCAAGGGCUGCUGGACACCUACUGCACCAGGAGGAGCGGCUUGCCGAACUUCUGUGCCGUGGCGCUGGCCCUGCACCAACUGGGGUACCGGGCCAUCGGGGUGCGCCUGGACAGCGGGGACCUGGCCCAGCAGUCCAAGGAGAUCCGUCGAGUGCUCCGAGCCUGCGGUGCUCACUUCCAGGUUCCAUGGUUUGAGACGAUUCCCAUCGCCGUCAGCAACGACAUCAGCGAGCGGAGCCUGGAGGAGUUCAGCCGGGAGGGGAGCGAGAUCAACAUGAUCGGCGUCGGGACGAACCUGGUGACGUGUCCCCUGCAGCCGUCGCUGGGCUGUGUUUACAAGCUGGUGGAGGUCAAUGGCUCUCCAUGCCUGAAGCUCACAGAAGAUGAAGAGAAGAUGACGAUCCCAGGGACUAAGACAAUCUAUCGGCUCUAUGAUGCUGCUGGUCACCCCUUCAUGGAUCUCAUGGCCCUGGAAGAGGAGCCCUCACCCAGCGCAGGGCAGGAGCUGGUGGUCCGUGUCCUGGGGCAGCUUGGUGAGACCAGCAAGGUCGUUCCCACUACUGUGGAAGCCCUCCAUCGCAUUUACUUCAGAGAUGGCCAG